AUGUUGUCAAAUAAAACAUCUUCAGCCGUUCGUUCGGCUAUCAAUGCUCUUCAACAUUAUAAAGUUCUCAAUAUUUUAACAAAUGAUUGUUUUGAAAAAGCUCUUGAAACUGAACAACAACUUUCGAUUGAAAAGAAAAACAAUUCACCAUUAUAUGGUCGUCCAAUUCUAAUAAAAGACAAUUUUUGUUUGCGUGAUACAUUUACAACAUGUGCUUCCAAAAUGUUAGCUAAUUUUCGUUCACCUUAUACAAGUACUAUUGUACAACGAUUAAUUGAUCAUGGUUGUAUUAUUAUGGGAAAAGCAAAUAUGGAUGAAUUUUCUAUGGGUGUAGCAAGCUGGGGUGCAUUUGGACCUGUAGCAAAUCCUUGGAGUUUAACAAAAACAAAGAUAAUAAGUGAAGCAAACAAUAAAACAUUAUUGCAUAUAGCUGGAGGAAGUUCAGGUGGAAGUGCAGCUGCUGUGGCAGCAAACUUUGUAUCAAUAGCUCUUGGGUCAGAUACAGGUGGAUCAAUAAGAAAUCCAGCUGCACGAUGUGGUUGUUAUGGAUUUAAACCCUCAUAUGGUUUACUUUCACGAUUUGGUAUGGUUGCGUUAGUCAAUUCUUUUGAUUCACCCGGGUUUUUUGCUCGAAAUAUUGACGAUUUAAUUUUUGCAACAAAUGCUGUCGCUGGUCCUGAUGGUGCAGAUGCAACUCUACUAUCAAAACAAUUUGAACAAUUUAAAACAUCGAAAGAACUAUCAAAAGAAAAAGAAAAGAUUAUUAUUGGUUUACCUGAUGACUAUGAUAUCAGUAGUUUAUCAAGUGAAUAUCGUUCAUGUUGGCAAGAUUUAGUUCAUCAAUUAACUGAAACUGGUCAAUUUACAUUUAAACGAGUACAAUUACCAUAUACACCUUAUUCAAAUGCAGCUUAUACAAUAUUAAGCUCAUGUGAAAUUGCUUCAAAUAUGGCUCGAUAUGAUGGUAUUAAAUAUGGUUAUCAUACAAAGAAUAUUGAUGAAAAUAGAGAUACGUAUGAAGAUAUUCUAAAGAAAACACGUGAUGAAAGUUUAGGUGAACGAGUUCGUGGUCGUAUUCUAGCUGGAAAUUAUUAUUUACUUGAAGAGAAUUAUGAUAAAUAUUUUGUUCAAAGUCAACGAGUAAGACGUGGUGUCAUGAAUGAUUAUAAGAAAGUAUUUGAAGAAGAUAAGAUUGAUUGUUUAUUAUCACCAGUGGUUUCCAAUGAUCCAAUAACACUUGCUGAAUAUGAGCAAGCGGAUGAUAUAUUUAGUGAAGAUGAUAUAUUUACUGUUGGUACUAAUCUAGCUGGCUUGCCAGCACUUAGUUUUCCAGUUCGAUUAUCAAGUCAAGGAUUUCCUAUUAGUCUUCAAUUGAUUGGUCCAUUUAUGAAAGAUCAAGCACUUCUUUCGAUAGCUCAUCGUAUUUGUUCGACAUAUCAAUUUCCUUUUCUUGAUCUUACGAAACAAAACUAG